CUCUCGUCUUUUCUGCUAAGUUGUGUAAGAAAGAGGCUCCGAAACUUUCUUCCCUCCCAACUCCCAAGUCGAGAGUAGAGAAGAAACACAUGGGCAGGAGGACGCAGCAGCAGCUUCAACGGUACUCCUUCCCCAGAAAUGCCGGUCUGGGCCUGGCCGCCAUUUCCUACGUGGCGAUUGACUAUCUCCGCCACGUGUCCCCACCCUGGCACGAGCGGCUACAGCCGAUGCUCUGGGCCACCCUGGCUCUGGCCUCUGUGGCCCGAGCCCCCUUUUACAGGCAAUGGUCUUUGGAGCUUCACUCCGCUAUUCCUUUCAUCGCCUCCAUGCUCUUCAUGCUCGCCGCUCUCCUCUUCGAAGCCCUGUCUGUUCGAUCCGUCACCGCUGUCCUCGGCCGCGACUGGCACCAAUCAACUCCUCCUCUUCCGGAUACUGGCCAGUGGCUGUUUCUAGCUUUGAAUGAGAAGCUUCCCCAUGUGGUUGUCGAAAUAUUAAGAGCGCGUAUUAUUGGGUUGCACCACUAUCUGAUGUUGUUUCUGAUGCUGGCUUUCUCAGUAUUGUUCAACUCUGUCAAAGCUCCUGGCCUUGGACUUGGUGCAAGGUAUAUGUUCACCAUGGCUAUAGGCCGUCUUCUUCGCGCUGUAUCAUUUAUUUCUACGAUUCUGCCAUCCACCCGGCCUUGGUGUGCUUCGUCGCGGUUUAGAGUGCCCCCACAUCCUCAUCCUUGGGCACAAAAGUAUUAUGUGCCCUAUGCUUCUGACUUUGAUGCGAUCCAUAAGAUAAUACAGAGUGAUAGACAUUAUGUGAAUGUUGGGGAGUUCCCUGGUGAGUAUCGGCCAGACUGGGGAUCAAUGAGCUUCCUAAUCGAUUUUUUGAGGCCCACUGUUUCGGAAGGGUCAUCAUGGUACAAUCUGCUAAAGAAAGCUGGUGGUGGCUGCAACGACCUUCUAUACAGCGGUCACAUGCUUGUUGCUGUUCUGACUGCUAUGGCAUGGACGGAAGCAUAUGGAGGUUGGACAUCUGCUCUUAUAUGGCUGCUUGUUCUGCACAGCGGCCAGAGAGAGAUACGUGAACGGCACCAUUACAGUGUUGACUGUGUUGUGGCCAUCUAUGUUGGCAUCCUCUUGUGGAAGAUGACAGGCUUUAUAUGGUCAGCAAAAGAUGAAUCUCAAAAGGAAAGGCUUGUUCAUCUUGAAAAGAUCCAAGAUCAACUAAUCAAAGCUGCAAAAGAUUCGGACAUGGACCAGGUGAGAGAGCUUUUGAAGGAGGUCGAGCUAGCUGGUCAAGAGCGCCAGAGUUCUACCAAAUGGGCUAUCUGGGGAUUUGCCUGCAUUACAAUCCUUUUCUCGCUUACUAUUGGUCUUCUGGCCUUUACAUGGACAAGUGACGGGUAAUUGCUUGCCGUGUGAAGCUAGAUUUGUAAUGUCGGUUUUGGACUUUCAAUGUUCGUUGGGGUUUUGAGCGUUCAUGUUGUAACAGUGUGAUAGGAUCUUACUUAGGAAGUUGCCUUUCAUAUAAAAAAAAAAAAAAAAACAUCUUGAUUGCAAGAAGGGAAACAUUACUACUGCAACCAUCACAUGCGCAGUCUGGCACAAGUGUGUUCUAUCUUGUGUGUAUUGCGUGGUAACGUUUCCCUCCAAAUCAUGGUAGCAUUAAAGCAAGGGUUGCGGCCUUAUUUUCACCUUUGACAUCCAUGAAAAUGAAGUAGACAUCCAUGCUUCAUUAUCA